UCAUUCCUUACUCAUUUGUCUCAACCUAACAAAAAAAGAGAGAGAGAGCUAGAUAGCGAUAUGGGAAGAGGGAGAAGUUCGUCGUCUUCGUCGAUAGAGAGUACCAGCAAGAGCAGCCCAUUCGGUGGCUCGUCAAGUACUCGGAACCUAAGCACGGAUCUGAGGCUCGGACUCAGCUUCGGUACAUCUUCAGGGACGCAAUAUUUCAACGGUGGCUAUGGGUACUCCGUUGCAGCUCCGGCGGCAGAGGAGGCGGAAUAUGCGGCGGCGGUGGAGGAGGAAGAAGAGAACGAGUGCAACAGUGUGGGGAGCUUCUACGUAAAGGUGAACAUGGAGGGAGUUCCCAUUGGAAGAAAGAUCGAUCUAAUGUCUCUUAAUGGCUACCACGACUUGAUCAGAACCCUAGAUUUCAUGUUCAACGCCUCCAUUCUCUGGGCUGAAGAAGAAGAAAUGUGCAGCGACAAGAGUCACGUGCUAACGUACGCCGAUAAGGAAGGUGACUGGAUGAUGGUUGGGGACGUUCCUUGGGAGAUGUUCUUGUCUACUGUGAGAAGACUGAAGAUUUCAAGAGCUUACCACUACUGAUAUAGUAAAAAAGUCUGCCUACAUACGUACUUGUGUUUAAAUCGAAGGAAUGCCAGUUUUUGUCUGUUGUAAAUCAGUGGUGGGAUAUUUAUUUAUAUUAUUUUCGUUUUUCUUUUGUGAUAGUACAUAAAUUUUGAACUCACUCUGACUAUUAUUCUCCUGAUCCUCCUCGGUGUUACGCAAAAAGAAAAAAUAUCCGAGGAACA